AUGGCUUUCCGCAAAAUCGACAUUGACGCUUUGGAGGAGGAUGCGUUCGGCGAAGAUGAGAUUGAUUUCCAGGAGAUUGGCGAGUUGCGUCCUGUGGCCGACGUCGACGCCCAGGUCAACAGCCGUGCCCAGGAAGUCAGUGGUAACACUUCAGGAGCUCUUUCGACAUCACUCCAGAACCCUCCAUACGGAGCUCCCUUCCAUGCUGCCAAGGCCAGGAACACGCAGACGGUGAUGGAGGUGUUGAACUCUAUUAAGGUGUCGGAUGUGCCCCAGUUGGUCAAGAGCUUGUCGCCCGAAGAGCAGGAUGUGUUGAUGAAGUAUCUCUACGCAGGAAUGGCUACCCCUGAGCAGAACAACUCUGGCCACCUCUUGGCCUGGCACGAGAAGCUUACGGAGGUUGCUGGACAGGGAUGCAUUGUCCGUGUUAUCACUGACAGGAGAACCGUUUAA